UUUAUCAUGUAUCACAAGUACUGCCAUAUCUGUAUCUUCAUCACUCCUUCCGCCCACUCGGUAAGCGGUGUCGUGGUCGUGGUCCAUAAUGGUAUUAGCGCAUUCCUCAACCUAGAGGCUAGACGUCCAACCAUCGACUAUCGACUCAGCGCCCACGCAUGUAACAAGAUGGCUGGCUUGCUUCAGGCUUCAAUGCCGCCAAUAUGACAAUAUCCCAAGGAAAGCUGAGGGGAGGGAUAUGUAAAACUGAGAACGGAUUCCAAUAUUAUGAGUUUCUCGGCAUCCCAUAUGCUAAACCUCCCAUUGGGGAAUUAAGAUUUAAGAAUCCUGAACCACCUGAGAAAUGGGACCACGAAAGAGAUGCCACAUCUAUUUCUGUUCAAAAUAUCGCGACUCAAGUGGACUUUGUAACCGGAAAAAUAAUAGGCAGUGAAGAUUGUCUAUAUUUAAAUGUUUAUACUCCUAACUUAAAUUCCAAUCUACUUCCUGUUAUUGUCUUUAUACACGGAGGAGGUUUUAUUCAUGGCAAUGGUACCAUAAAAACUGAAAAUGGACCCGAUUUUUUAGUGGAACAUAAUGUUGUAGUAGUGACAAUCAAUUACAGAUUAAAUAUAUUUGGAUUCAUGUCUUUAGAUAUACCAGAAGCACCGGGAAAUAUGGGUCUAAAAGAUCAACUAAAAGCCUUAAAAUGGGUGAAAACUAAUAUUUCAAAUUUUGGUGGUGACGUAAAUAAUAUUACUUUAAUGGGUAUAAGUGCUGGCGCCGCAUCUACAGAAUAUCUCAUGUUAUCUCCGCUUGCAAAUGGACUGUUUCAUAAAGCUAUUAUAAGGUCAGGUUCUGCUCUUAACCAUUGGGCUAUUAAUUACGACAUAGUAAAACUUACCACAAAAGUAGCUCAAUUAUUGGGGUACGAAGGAGCAAUACAAGAAAGAAAAGCAAUUUAUGAAUUUCUUAAAACUAUACCCGAAACACAACUAAUUGGAGCAAGUUUUCAAAUUACUGAAACUAACGUGUCAAAUAGAGUAUAUUUUGGCUUCGUGCCAUGCAUAGAAAAAAGUUUUGGUAACAAUGAUGAAAUUCUAACAACAGAUCCAUACAAAUUAUUGGAAGAAGGAAAUUUCAGCAAAAUACCUGUUAUGAGAGGGUUUUGUAAUAAAGAAGGUUCUCUGAUGGGGAUGAUGAAGCCUAUUGCUAUGAAAAAUCUAAUAGAAAAGAAAGACUUCAUGUACCACUGGUCAUACAAUAUAGAUCCCGAUGAUAGAGAGAAAUACAAUAAAGAAUUUAGUGAAUCUUAUUUGAAUAAUAUCAAGCCUGAUGACGAAGAGAAUAAAUUUGCCUAAGAUUUCUUCACUGAUUAUGAUUUCGUUGCUAGUAUUUUGAUAGCUAGUAAAUUAUCAGUAAACCAUAAAGUCCCAGCCUAUUUGUAUAAUUUUUCUUACGGUGGAAAAUUAAAUAUGUUCAAAACGAUGUAUGGAUUAAUGAAGAAUGGAGCAAUUCACUUUGAUGAUUUUGCUUAUAUCUUCCGACAUUAUAUGGCCAAAUCAGACAGUAAAAAAGAUUUUGAAGUAAGGAAUAGAGUGACAAAGAUGCUUACUGACUUUGCGAAAACUGGAGAUCCUACUCCUAAUACUGACAAUGCACCAAACUGGCCGGCUUACACUGCUGACUCUCCCACGCAUCUCAACAUUGACGCAGACUUCGCCAUUGAAGCUGAUUAUGAACCCAAGAAAAUUAGUGUUUUUGAAAACAUUAUCAGUAAAUUCAAGCGUUUUUAAUAUCUAAUUUUUUUGCGCAUGUCAUUACAUGCGUAAAGACUAGAAGAACAUAUGAAAAAAUACAGAUUUCAGUAUA